GUAGAGGGGCGAUCUCUCCUCCUUGCUCCUGAAGGAUAUGACGCAUCGGACGCAUUGGUAUGCCACUCGAGAACGCCCACGCGCCCUUUCGACAUCCUGUCACUUGCCUAUUGCGCAGACUGAAAGCCGAUCCAACCGGCUCGCACAGUCCGCGAGGAGCGAGUCCAAGAACACGAGUGAGGAUGAUCCGUAGAUAUGAGAACAAGCCAGCAGAAGCCGCUCCGUUUGCAGAGGUAGUACAGAGUGCCAAUACGCCAAUACUGCUAUCUAAAUACCACAAUAUGCUCGAGUACCAUAACUAAGCAUGCCCUGCGAUCGCGAUCCCAGCCCUUGGUAUAGUGGACCGCAGACACGAAACGCUACAUGUAAUUUUGGGAGGGCCACGCGGCGAGACGCGCGCGGGGAGGGGUGGGGGUGGACCUAUACAGCA